AUGGAGUGCGGAAACGCUUCCAAGCGCGACUGCCCGUACCGCCGCUGCCGCACGUGCUGCAAGGCGCGCGGAUACAGCUGCGCGACGCACGUGCGCAGCACGUGGGUCCCCGCGGCGGAGCGGAGAAAGCGCGAGCAGAUGGAGUCCGCCGCGCGCGCAAUGGCGGCGACUAUGCGGCCCGUGCCGCCGCGGACGAAGCGCGCGCGAGGCAGCGAGUCGCAGUCGCCCGUGACUGGACCCAUUACCAUGCCUGUGCCGUAUUCCACUACCGCCACUGCUGCAGCUACUGCUGCUGGUGCUGCUGGUGCUGCUGCUGGUGCUGCUGCUGCUGCUGCGAUGGGGCCUGCUGCGGUGGCGCCUGGUGCUGCUCUCGGGGCGUUGGGAAACUCGAGCUUUUUAUCAGCCAGUGGGAUGUCGACACCUGUCAUAGCUCGGUCGCCUGCGCGAGGCCCAGUGGCGUCUGUAGCGGUUCCGAUCCCCCAGGCGCAGGUGCCGGCUCAGGUGCCUGGCCAGGUGUCGAUUCAGAUGCCCAGUCAUGGGCCCGUCCAGCCGCCGCCGCCGCAGCAACAGCAGCAGCCGCAAACAGGAGGACCGGUGGCGCUGCUAGGUGCCCAGACGGUACCAGCAGCAGGUGGGGGUGCAACCAACUCAGGCUCCCGUGCAACACCAGCAGCAGCAGCAGCAACAGCAGCAGCAGCAGCAGCAGCAGCAGCAGCAGCAGCAGCAGCAGCAGCAGCAGCAGCAGCAGCAGCAGCAGCAGCAGCAGCAGCAGCAGCAGCAGCAGCAGCAGCAGCAGCAGCAGCAGCAGCAGCAGCAGCAGCAGCAGCAGCAGCAGCAACAACAGCAGCAGGUGGUGCAGCCAUCUUUGCAGCAGCCACCACUGCAGCAGCAACAGCAGGUGGCACAGCAGCCACUGCAGCAGCCAUCGUUGCUGGCUCUUCCAGAAACACCUGCGCAGCAGACUCAAGGUGA